AUGCGGCCCUCUCCUAGUCCUGAAUCCUCUGACAUCCUCCCUAACGAGGUAUGCUCUUUCAGGUAACUUGGCGUUACUUUGUCCUCAAAUCUUUCAUUUUCUCUCCAUAUUUAGUCCCUAUUUACUAAAGUUCGUAAACUUCUAUAUUACAUACGUCGUUUACGUUCCUACCAACCACCUCAACCCUUAGUCUGGGGAUUCAUCGAUGCCUACAUUCUUCCUCUUAUCCUAUACUGCUCUCCUGUCAUUUUUCCUGCUUUGCUUAAAAAAGAUCUUUUGAUUUUGAAACGAGUCAUCCGCAUGCUCUCUUCUGUCGCUGGUGUUUCUUAUCUUUUUUUAGUCGACAUUAUCCUACAACGACAUUCCACUACGGUCAAGCAAUUUACUGGUCGGAUUAUAGAUGAGGUUGCCCAUCCCUUGCAUUCUGAUCUUAUUUCUGCGAAGUCUUCUCGCCCGAUGCGCCGCGGAUUCCGACUUCUGCCCUGUCGCACAUCGGCUUUUCGAGCUUCUGUAUUGCCAUUCCUGGCGCACUAUCUUACGUGCGAAGAGAUAAAAAUACAGAAGCUAAGACUUGAACUGUCCUCAUAAUAAUCGUUCCUUUUGUGUUAAACUUUGACUCUUGAAUAAUCUAUUAACUUACUUUUUUCCAUAAUGAAUGGGCCAAUUUUUUGCUGAAAAUUUUGUAUCUAUGAUUACAAGAUAAAGCGAAUCCCUCUCUCUCUAUCUUACGCGACGGCUAAGUUUCCGCAAGUGUGUAUAAUUCCGGAUCCAUAAAAUCAUCCCACUCGGAGUGCUGCUACUCAGCUUCUGCUUUCACCUGUUACAAUGUGAUUUCUAACAGUUGCCUUCCUUCGCUCACCCCUGAAGACGUGCACAGCUCUGCGCAGGAAUCUUUUGCGUGAGAAACACUAGGUGCCUACAUAAACGGAAAACGGAAUUGAACAGACAACCUCUAAUGGGCGCCACAUCGGAAGUGAUUGACGUGUGUGGUUAGCGUGGGCCACAGGGCAUCGCGGUCAAUUCGCGCGAUUGACCAGUCGUCUGCCAUAGAAGUGGACUCUCACGAUAAAGUCCAUUACUUCCUUAGCGAUCGGUGGUCAAGUGAAGGGCAUUUGGUUUUAAAAAUGUUUCUAAUUGUGAGUUUUUUAAUACCGUUAAAUGGCCGUUCAUGAAACGUCAUGUAUCUGCAUUUAGGAAUGUGGCUUGUAAAGUUAACAAUAUUGCUCAAAUCCACUGCUUAAUUUUAUGAAGCUCAUAUGGUCUCCUCUUAAAACCGUAGAGAAAUGCAUGGUUUUCCGUACACGGAAAAUAUGCAGCUUGUAGUUUUUAAACCCUGAAUGCAAGUGUGACAGCAGGUCGUGUUCAAAAUUAUUUGGUAAUCAGAAAAGUUUUUUAAAACCGAAUUAUACUCUUCUUUUGAGUAUGAAAUUGGAAGAAGACGUGAUUUUCUGCCGAAUAAGUAAAAGAAUGAAUAUUGUUAUGCAUGUUUUCCAUGAAAUAUAAUUGAAUUUUCAAGGGCAUCGAAAAUCAAUGAGAAAAUUACAUACUACAUAAGUAGUCAUUUUUUGCAGAGUAUAGAUCUUGCAUGCAGCCGAAAAUAAGUUCUUUCGAAAGCCAACACCCUGAGAUAACUGGAUCAUUAUAGAUUUAUGCUGCAUCAUGAUUCAUUUUACAACACCACUUAAUUUAUCUUUUCGAAACGAGAACGCAUUUCGAAAUUUUGGUUGACACUUCAUGAGUUAGCACAUCUACUGUAUGUCAGAAUCUGUCAGGAACGGAGCUUUGUUGCGUCUCUUAGUUGUCGACACUCUGGGUCUAUUUGCUGGUCGGGAUCGUCCCCAAUGGGUAUCUCACUUUGUCCUCUGUAGCUGUCACAUGGCCAGAACUAUAGAGAGCUUUCCGUCACACAUUCUGGCAACGGAGUUAGUGCUACGAACGGACAUUUGGCGAAAUAUGGCCAGUGAACAUUCCAGUAUGAGGGAUGUGUAAUGCGGAUUGUACUAUAAUGGAGCAAGCUCCAAACAGACAGCUUAUAUUCGCUUUCAACUUAGGUCACUGUCAAAUUGCGUUCCUUUUUAAAGGCAUUUGCUGUCGGGAUGUGAAAUGUCCUUUUGCGCACAUAGGCAGUUAAUUUUAGUGGAUGCAGUCUAAUAAAUAAUCGGUACUUUUGCCUUUUUUAAAUUGACGAGCAUAAAUUAUUUCAGCUAGUUAAACCAUUGUGCACGAACAAAAUUUUCCACGACGUCAAUCCCAGGGUAGGUUUUAUAAUUGUGGGAUAGUUAAAUUGCCAAAUACCAAAAGAGGGACUAACUUUCAGUAGUAAUUUAGCUUUAACUUCUCUAGUUCUCGUUGGAGUGAGCGAUGGAAACAGGGAGCAAGGAUUGUGCGUUGGAUGACAGGAUACCUUAACAUAAAACCUGUAUAUGCUUCUUGCUUAUGUUCAUUUGUGCCUUAGGGGGCGUGGAAGGUUUCAUUUUGACCCACCUGUGAAAACCUCGGUGCCUCGGUAGGAUUUGAACCCACGACAGCAAGGGGAGGCUUUGGUACAGCCAACCCUCUAGGCACCUGAGCUACGAGGCCCCACGGAAGACGUCAGUUUAAUCACAUUUGGGUCAAGUUUACUCACCCAACCUACUGCAACGUCUGGAAUCCACCACGUCUGAUACAGUAGGCUGACUGCCCAAGCAGGAUUUCCUAAAUAAUACAUCUAGAGUCUACCAGAUGGCUACCAGGCUCACGUAAUUCAGAGCUGUUUUGGUAGAUUUCAAAUAAGUCACCUCUCUCAACCUCUGUACUGCUAAAGCAUUCAUGCAUCGCUUGUCAGAUAGGCAGUCUUUUAAAUGAUUUUUCUGAGGGAGGAAGCGAUGCUGUCAAACCUAAUCUACCUAACGACGAUGUCUCACCCAAGCUAUGUGCAUUCAAUUAGCGUGAAGCAAUGAACAUUUGCCCGCCCUCUUUCGGCGUUCCGUCAUGUGUUCAUGCGGCCAAGUAUAUGCAGUCCUAUUUAAUUCCUUUGGCUGUUUUAGUGGCGCGCAUUUUGCCCUGGGCCGGCACAUGAUGUAAAGACGAUGUAAUAGUGCGUACAGUCGCCAGGGAAAAUGAGCGUAAGCGAUUUAUCCGUUUUUUUAAAAAUGGGGAGAUCCAGACUGAAGGAUGAUCAGGGAGGGGAGCAAUAAAAAGGCAAUUUUAACAAAUCCUCACCACUGUACGAUGAAUAUUUACAGUUAUUUAGACUUGCACCAAAUGUAACUUCUUUUAUACUUGCUAAAAUCACCAUCUUCCAAUGACAGGAUGGACGGUGAGUGGGUGCUACGACGGACAGAACAACGUAACGUGUCUGAGUGCGCCACAUACUUGCUGACUCCCAGCUUCAAGCUACCGGAUUUAAGUGACGGUGUCGCGUACCUCACAUAUGUGAGACAGGCCAGAAAUGCCACAGCAGGAAUAUAUGAUUAUUGUUUGGUCUUAGAUAAGAGGGAAGGCUGAAUGAUCUCGGUGGCUUACAAACUUCAGAGUUACAAUCUGAAGCGCGUCAGGGUAUCGCAGUGCAGACCUCAGCCUAUCUUCCAUCUCCCAUCGCCUGUCCGAGUUUGUAAACCGACUGCUGAAGAGGCUAGGCUUAGUGAGUGACGUGAUAUGAACCUAAAACAUAAACCUAAAACAUAGCAUGAACAGAAAUGCAAACAUUAUUCAAUGUCUCACUUGGAAUUCAGACAGCCGGACUGACUCAUGACACAUAACAAUUUAUCCUAGUUUUAUCGUAGUGUGAGAAACGAGGCAGCUCGAUUGCUGGGCCGACGUUCAAAGAGCAGGGCCUUUAUGGCAUGAUUGCACUCAGGUCUUAUGACAGGCCUGACAGUACGUUCAAAGAGGCAAAAAGGUAAAUUCCAGGAAAUGGUUGAGAAGAAGGAGGUGAGAGCACCACAAAUGCAGUUUCGUAAGGACGCUAUAUUCUCGUGUUGAGAGCCAGUGGGCAGAACCAGAAGAGAAAGUUUGCGGAGUUGUAAUACUUUCAACUGGUGCUCAUAGCAAAUGGCUACCUGCGUAACUAUGUCAACAGGUGCAUGUACAAACCAAACGAGGGACGAAACCGCACUAGCUCCGAAUUUUGGUGAGCACUUUCGUAUGUCAAGGAGGUCUCAGAAGCCGUCAGCACCCUUCUCUCAGCAUUCGGAGUUCGAGGUGCACACUGGCCGGAGGCAACUACAACGUGCCAACUAAUGAGACCAAGAGAUCCACUGUUAUGGCAAGAAACAUAUGGAGCCCUUUGCUACAUCUGGUCAGCUGGAGACAGAACGAACACACCUAACUACCUGGGAGAUAAAUUCUGACGCGAAUGGCCGAACAUGCGGCAGCGGUGAAGGCAAAUUACAUAAGCUCUCAGGUUGCGACUCAUUCAGCAGGACAAGGCCAAAAUUAUCGCGAAAGGUGACCACCACGUGCGAAGCAGGCUGUUCUCUCCGUGGUUUUCCGGUCUGCAGUCGAUUAAGAGGUGCAAUUUCUCCUUCCGUCCAUGUUCAGCAAGGAAACAUUGGCUGGACAGAGAAGAAGUCUGUCCUCAGUGGUAAUAUCAGCGAACCAAGUUUCCCAGUUAUCAACACGUUACUUAUCAACACCAGUUACUAAAUUGCAAUAUUUAACGACACGGGAUCUGGCGAGGAAAUAAUCCUUAAACCAGUAUGUUAUUACCGACAAAGACAAGGGAGAUUGGAAUGGCAAUUUCUGGCUUACUAGCCGUCAUCAGCCAGCCAUACCUACUCCCGAAGUGUGGAACACUCGAGGCUCGAACUCGCGACCUGUUAGUUAGAAGUCCACGUCUCUAACCACUGGGCUACGAGCCCGUUGUACUGUCGGCUUUCGAUCGGGAAUAUACAAUGGUAGGGGGCGCUCACCGAUCGUUCUUACGGAACUCGCUCGUUCCGUUGUGCCUUACGGGCUCUCUCUCGAGCCCAACCAGCAGCUGCACAGCGGCGCACGAUAUAGGCAGUAUGUUAUUACCAGCAAAAGCAAGGGAGACUGGAAUGACCAUUUCUGUCGUCAGCCAGUCGUACCCAAUCCCGAAGUGUGGAACACCCGAGGUUCGAACGCGUGACCUGUUAGUCAGAAGUCCAAGCCUCUAACCACUGGACCACGAGCUCGCCCUAUCGGAAUCAUUAAACCAUUUAUGAUCCCUGAUGAUGAGUGCGGGGGCUGCUGAUCAACAACUAGAUCCUACAAAUUCUACUACCCUUUUGCGUUCAUAAACGUUAUCUACGACUAUCAGCGAUGGUCGAUUCGAGUGAAGGCGACGGCAGGGUGAAGGACUCGGAUGAGGACUCGGUCAAUCGAUUUAUCGAUCUGGCGCCGGCGUACAGAGCCCUGCGUAGUCAGCUUCAGUCUUGCGCCGUCGGUCGAUGAUUGGCCCACAUGCACUGUAACUGCCGCUUGUCCUGGUUCUGCCACUACCUCUGACGAUGGACUCCUGCACGAGUCUGAAAGCUCAGGACAAUAAAGGAAGUGUUCCGGUGCUCGACCUUUUUUCGUCACUUUACUUAACUGUUGAUAGACUUUGAAUUGCGUCAUCUGGGAAUGGCGGCAAAUGGGGGUUUUACGGGUGGGCAGAACGCCAGACAGUAAACUGACGAAAUGAAAGAAAACACAUAAAUUGUUUGAAUUUCCGCCGAAAGUCAUAUCGUACGUUUUCAUAUGCGAACAGAAAUGAGCGUGUCAAUUUAAAAAAUGGCAAGAUCGCAGUUGGUAGCCAGGACCCAUAUUACAGGUGGCGAGGGGGUUUGUUUACUAGGGCUAUUUUGUGGGGCUCCAUAAUCACAUCUGACCCAUUGGGCUUCCGUUUUACGUUUGAGAUAAGGAUAGGGGUACCGAUUAAUGGUUCCCGAUGUUCGGGUUAGGGUUAUGCCAUUAGGCUUAGGCUUUCGGGUUACGGUUAGGGUUUGAGCGUACGAUUAGGUUUCAGUAAUACGGUUAGCUUUUUCAGUUACGGCUAUGUCUAAGGGCUACGGUUACGUUUACGAUUUCGGUUAGGGUUAGGUCUGCCGUUAGGGUUAACGGUUAACGUUUAAGGUUGAGGUUAGGGUUAAGGUUGAGAUCGCCGUUGCUUCCCCAUUCCUGGCUACCAACUGCGAUCUAGCCAAAAAAUAGUCGAAAAGCAAAUUUUCAACAAAAGCGGUGCUUGAACAACGGUUUGAAGUCGGGGGAAGUAAUUGAGGUCGGGAAGUAAUUGUUUUUGGCAGUGUAGUGUCUGAAACGGCCUGCAAAUGGAUGCCAAGAUGGACUCCCAUAUGACAAGAUCCACAGUCUACCGACAGUUGGGUUGCGCCCUUCAUCCUACUGUUGCUUGAGUAAGAACCCGAAAUGCCAGAUGGAUACGAUUCUUAUUUCAGCGAUGGCAUUCAAUUCUUCACUUCUGCGCGCACUCUGCCUACUCCAGUCGCCUUGAGCCGGGACAGAUGUACAGGAUGCUGGGUGUCGCCCUCGCUGUGGUUGAAAUUACGCGCAAGUCAUCAGCCGGCGUUAGCGACGGAAUGGCCAUCGUGACUCAGCCCCGCUGACUCUUUUGUCUAUCGUUGUUGGUCGUAUGCGCAUUAUAUGGCGCAGGAGUGGACACCCAUGGGCGCAUAUAGCCUAUCCCCGUCAUAAUCUUAAUCCACAGUCUAAUUGGGACAUUGCUUGCUUAACAGGGGAUGAUAUUUACCUGCUUCAGGCGCAAUUUCUCAAAAGAUAUAAGGCCAACUUACUUAUGCCCUCCCCUUCGGCAGAAUCAUUUGUCCAUUUGAAAACUUUGAGUCAUUUCACUUGUAAGAUUGUACCAAAAAAAUGUGUCGAGUCACUUUCGGUUCAUUCGUAAAUUCCACAAACAAGUACUGAUGGUUUGCUUCAGGAAACCAAUGCGAAAUAUCAGUGCAGAAAAUCUACACGAGACAAAGAAUAAGUUCAGAUGCCCAGGCAGUUCCCAAGAAUGCUUGACUGCCCUGUAUGCAAAUUUGGCAGGGAUAAUCCCUAGACUACCGAGUGGAUAGAAAUUAUUCGGCGAGAACCGAACUUACUGUUGGAAAGUUAGGUGACUAAGUAGUGGGGAAAGUCCUCCCCUCCUCUAAUGGGCGCAUAUUUUGCUUAAAAAACUUUAUGUAGGGGUAACGGGGUUUUGGGUAAGAUGUGGUUAUGUAGCCCCACCUGAUGGACACAAUACUGUUGGGGUUGGGGUUAGGGGCUGGAGUUAGGGGUUAGGGUUAGAGAUUAAGACUAGGGGUUAAGGCAACUAUUUCUCACCACUCAAAGUACAACCACGCAUUCCCAAUAGCUUUUCAUUCGCAUACAAUUAAUUGACCUCGUCACCUGUACGUACCACAGCCCCACCUGCUAAAAGUACUAUUACAAGCGGUCCCGUAUUGCAGGUGCCUGGGGUUUGUUUACUUCAGGCAGGGCUACAUAACCACAUCUGACCGGAUUUUGUAUCAGUUAAGUAGAUUGGCUUCAACGCACAAUUAGACUUAAAACCGAGUUUGGCAGAAAAGAGUCUCAAAGUGCUCAAACAAGCCGAAGUCAUGCUGGCGAGAGGAAUAAUCGAGGCCUGCUAAUCCACUGCCAACUCAAUCAACUGCAGCGUCGGCCUACAAGCACCAUAGGAGGCAGCCGGGCACCACCUACGCGCGAGGGGAGACCCAAUGAGAAGAGAGAAUGAUGUAUGUAUCAGGCGUGAGUGAGAUGGACUUAUCUAGACUGCGCAUUCCUUAUCUCGCCUAUCUCCGAUGAUGUGUUGGAAUAAAAUUGUGAAACGUCAGAUGAAUAUAUCAUCUCCAGAGCUCGCCUUACCUUCUUUUUCCAUCUUGACACCUAGAGUCAGCAUUUUCGCCUAUAUCCAUGUAAAUAUAUAUGUAUAUCGACGGGAAAGACGGAAAGGCGAUCUCUGGAGUCAACGUUUUAUCCGUCCGAUAUUUCGAAAUUUCACGCGAGCACAUUGUUGCGGAACGACGAAAGUGGACAUCUCGUUGCAUAUUUUACUCACCGCUGCCGAGAAUGACCUUCUGCUCUGUCAUUGAUUUGUCGGCGCAGUGUCUGAUCAGCUGACAGACCAAUGUGCGUAGUAAUCAAUUUAUCGAUCGCUUGCCCAGCUUCCGGUAGUAGGCACGAUAUCACGUCCUUUGACUGACCCAAGAUCCUCCAGCGAUCGAAAGCGAAGAUGUACUUUGGCGAGGGUUAGUGGGUGGCCAUUCGGGAUAGUUUAUCUCUCCGCCUCACAGCUGGCUCCUGUGCAUGCAGUCUUGUGUGGACACUUUUACCGGUCCCACCAACACUCCUGGCUUGACCACAGUUGGAUUUUAGCUGGUAACUGACCCCCGAUUUUUGAUUAAUGAUGCAUGAUCUGCCAGCGGAAUGGCGCUUCCGGUUUGCGAGCGAUUCCAGUUGCACGUUCGUUCAUCAAUCUGGUUAAUUCUUCGGGCGCAGCAUCAGCACACGGUGCGGUGCGCCAACACUUUGGUUUUGGCUGCGCUCUCGGGUUUCUUCCACCGGUCCCUCUCACCCAUAUUUUCAUCAAAUAUCAGGUAAAGUUUCUUAGUAUAAAGAUGUUCUUGGUGACAUUGCAUUGGAAAUGUCGUGUAAUGCCCGCGAACGCACUAUGCAUUAUGACGUAACGCAAAUACGCAUUUAUAAUACAGAGUUGCUUACGUUAUCAAACUUUGUGGUCACAGUUGAAAGAUGCAAACGUCAACUACAAUGCUCCUGCUAGCGUAUUCCUCCUGUGGCUCUUUUCAAUGAAUGCAGAAGAGAUGCUUUGGAGCGCGUGUUCUCUUGGAAAUAAGAUGAUACUGCGGCCCGGAAUUUCAAAAAUUUUGAGAACGAUUUUUGCUGCAACACCAGACCUGAAUUUGGUAAGGGAAAAAUGCAAGUAAAGUCCAAAACUAGUAUGGGAACACUCGGUUUUUGGCGGGGAUAAGGUCAACGGCACUUGUGAUGGAGGUUCAGAGCAUGGAAACGAAGUAGUGUGGAAGAUGCUCAUGGCCCUUAUCUAUUACGUCAACUUGACAGACAGUUGCAUACUACGGCUGGCAAAGGAAAUCGAAAAUAUAGUCGCCAAGUGUAACUUAUGAAGGAAAGGUAGACUAGAAAGGCAAUUAUGGGCUCAUCUGUCCCAUCAGUCAGUCGUACCCUGGCUGCAAGCCUGGAAAACGGAAUCUUUGUUCACCAACUACUGGAAUCAGACAAUCUAUCGUCGAGUUAGGGAUUCACGUCCUAUCAGCUGCUAUGGAGCAUAUCCAAAAUCUAGGCAGCAGCAGCAGCAGCAGCAGCAGCAGCAGCAGCAGCAGCAGCAGCAGCAGCAGCAGCAGCAGCAGCAGCAGCAGCAGCAGCAGCAGCAAGCCAGGACAGUAUUAAUUGUUGAUAGAAGCGGACAGGCGAGUUCCAGGUAG